GAUUGGGCAAUUGUAUACUGAAGCGAAUUCUUUAUUCGAGAUAGAAGAACAAUGUGAAGUCACAGUGAAUGGCGACGUGAUUUUGGUGGGUGGGAUUGUGCAUAUGGAAGAAUUUUCAGCCCCAGAAUCAGGCAUGUUGCUUCGAGAACGUGUCAAGAGACUACUGGGAAAUGAUCUCCAUGCCUCAUGGAAAUCAUUACCAGAAGUCAAGUCCAGUGGAUUGCUGGAGACACUGUCUGAAAGUAGAAUAGCUUUGGAGGAACUGAAGUUUUGUUUGAUCACAUGCGAAGUUGUGUAUAACACUGAACUGGCUGAACUGCUCAACUUGUCCAAGAGGUCAGUUAGCUGGGCAGAUCCUUUACCAUCCUUCAACAGGCGAACAAUAGCAUCAACAAUAGAAAAAGUAAAACACUGCUCUGAUGGCUUUCUGAGCACCUUUGAGGAACAAUGGAAUAUGAAACCAGUUGUGAACUUGAAAGCACUAAACAAAAUGUUCGAAGACAUGGCAUCAGAGCUCCAGAGUUACAUAACCUAUUGCAGCCACCAAGAGGACCUUUGUACUGUCCUGCAUAAUGCCAUGAGAAGCAAAUAUGAAAUAGUAGCAGCUUCAUUUAGCAAACGGCUAAACGUGGAACGGGUCAUGUUACCACUUCAGCAUCUCAAGCUGUAUCGCCUGUUAUUCCAAGAUAUCCAUUCUAUGUUCUUGGAUACCACUAAUCGCUUGGAUAACUUUUAUUGUAAAAGAAUAUUAACAAAUAUAACCAAGCUCUUGGAAGAAUGCUACAAAGUUCUUGGAACACUCCAUGGCUCAACAUACCUUGAGAAGUUGGGUAGAACCUUAGAAGAAAAUGUGCAUUGUUUUGAACCAAAGCCAGCAGGAAAGAACACAUCACAACACCAAGAAAAUAUUUUAUUUUGCACCAGUGUAAUCUGUGGUAAACAAUCAAAUGAUUCUGUAGAAGACACAGAUCAUAAAUCUUCAGAAAAGGGCCCACUGCCUAAUGUGACUGUAAAUGGGUGUCCAUCAGUGAAACAGCAGUGCUUAAAUAUUCAGACUGUAGAAAUAAAUUCCAGAGCUAUGGUAAAAUGUGGUGAUAAAUUUAAUAUGAGUGUGAGAAGAGAAGAACCCAUUAAAGUUCCUCUUGUAAGUAACAGCAAACGAUCUAUUUCAUAUGCAGAAGGGCAACCAACUAAGAAUUCCUGUAAAAGAAAUAGCUACCAUACAGAGUCAAAAUAUUCUGUUUCUGAACCUACGGGUAGUAUUCACAGUGCUACAGUGGAAGGUAGAAGACAAUGUUCCUGCCUGUAUGAAACAGCGUCUAGGUCAGUGAGAAAUGCAGGGAGCAAGAAGCAUAGAGUUCUGUUGGAAAACAAAGUAAAAAUUUCAGUUGAUAAUAACAAAACUCUCCACAUCACAUCUAGCAUAAAUAGCAAUGAUAAACCGCCUAAUACAUCUGUAAUUAGUACAAAUUCUCAUCAUAUCUGUAUACCUAACUUUUCUGGAAAUUUGACAAACUCAAACCCUGAAUCAUCUUAUGUCAAAGAUGUCAUUAGAAGGUUUUCAGUACAUGACAAUUUAAAGGUUAAAAAUUGUACAAUUCGUAACAGUUGUCCUCAACCCUCUAAAAUGCAGAUUCACAGCAUUCCCUCUUUGGGGCUACAACAUAAUAACUGUGAGAAACUGUCUGAACAUUGUAAUGCAGAUAAGCAAUUAGAUACAACGUUUGUAGUAAAUAAGCCCACUUCACCAGUGCCCCAACCAUCCAAAGCACUGUUCAUAAAAGAUGAGGCAGUCUCUUUGAAAGAUGACCUCCUUACAAAUGGACUUCACAGAAAGAGUGAAUGUUGCACCCAUGAAGCAAACAGAGAAGUUCAUUGCACACUUCUAAAUGAAGAAGAGAAAUGUUCAGAUAAUUUUUCUUUAGUCAAUAGCCAACUUCAAAAACACAGAAGUCCAUCAAGUGAUAUAAGCAGUUCUAUGACCAAAGAUAUUUCAUCCACUGAAGAAGCUGCAGCCGAGAAGUCAUGCAUUAUUAAACAGUUACCAAGACAUGAGCAACAAAUUUUCAUCAGCUUCUAUGACCUUGGUUGCCUCGGUACACUGUACAAACCUCACUUUCCUUUACAGAAAGAGAAUGCCAGAGUGGAUGAAAUGUACAAUCACUAUGAGCCAAUGAAUGAAUCAUUUAGGGCAAAUUAUCACAAACUCGAGCCAGUGAGCCUUUAUGAAUCAUUAGACAGGAAGGUUAACGGUGGAAAUAGAACAGAGUGUGGUAAGAGAAGGAAAACGUAUUCAGAGUGUAAUAUAAGAGUUGAUGACUGUGGAAAUGCAUACGAAGAAUGCAAGCCAUGUGACAGAAAUCAUAUGAAUGGAGAUAAUUUAAACAGCAGAUCACUUUCAACAUACAAUAUUCCAAUAUACCAGACCUACAAUUUUGGAGAUGUAAAAGAUUCAAAUACUAAAGCAGAAGAGAACAUCUACACAGAACCAGAGGAACAUAUAUACGAAGAAAUUAAUUUUCCGAUGCAACUUCAACCACGAAGAAAUGAUAAGGAAAUAUCCAUUCCCAAACUGGAAAUAAGUAAACCUUCUGGCAGCAGUCAACGAUUGCGCUGGGUUGACAUUAAUGAGGUCGUAAGAUCUGGUCUGCUAGACCACAUGGAUGCCAGUCAAAUAGCUCUACAGGAAACUAAGUACGAGAUGAUAACAUCUGAAGCAACAUACUACAUGUCUCUUUCCAUCCUAGAAACCGUAUUCAUAACAAGUAAGGAACUAACUGACAGAACAGUCUUACCAAGGGAAGACUAUGCAACUUUGUUCUCAAGCAUUAGGAAAGUGAAGCAAUGCUCAGAAAAAUUUCUAGCAGUGCUUUUAGAUGGCUGGCAGGAAGAUCUGGCACUAGGCUAUCUGUGUCAUGCAGUUUCCAAGUUUGUGUCAUCUGAUAACUUCAAAGUCUAUGUGGACUGCUGUGCCAAUCACAUACACAUAGAUAAAACAUUACAACUUCUGAAACUGACAAACUAUAAAUUCACAAAUGCGGUAUUAAUGUUGGAAGCACAUCCUGCUUGUCAGAGGUUCUCAUUGCAAACAUUCCUUACCCUGCCCAUGCAACGGGUGACAAGACUACCAAUGCUGGUAGAGGCAAUAAUUAGACGUCUUCCAUCCAAUCACACUGAACGCAGGGUCUGGUCUGAAACACUUGUUCAACUUCAGAAGAUUGUGAAAGAAUGCAAUGAAGCUGCUGGCAGAGCUCAAAUACUGACAAUGCAGCCCUGUAAUCAACAUGUGCAACCAAAUUUAAAGACACACAGCCUAAAUAUGAAACAGCACUCUCAAGAAAAGAAGCAGAAAACAGUCUGGAAGAUAUUUACACUAGGGAAAGAGAAAAUGACUUGAUCUGUACUAAAUUUUGUUUCAGUCAUAAUAUUUCUCAUUCAGGUAUUUCUAUUUUCCAAACCCCUGAUCAGAAUAUGCCUCAUCUCCACUUUAAAAAUAAAAUUUAAUGACUAUUUUGGAAGAAAAUAUUGGUAAUUUAUCCACUGGCAAGAUGAUACAGACUGCAGGUACCUAUUAUAUGGAAAAACAAUUAAUAAGACAAAGUUAUCCCACAGCUGACAAGUGUACAUACUACAUACAGCACUGAUCAAGGAUGCUUAUCUCAAGUGUGGAUGAGGACGAAAACCCUGUAUGCGUUCCUCUUCUCCCCCAUUCAUGACACAUGCCAUGCCCAUUUGGACCUUCUUCACUUGAUGAUUCUAAUUAAAUUUGGCAAAGAGUAUAACUUAUAAGCUAUUAUUUAUGACAUUUUCUCCAACCUGCUAUUAAUUUGUUCCUCUUUGGUCCAAAUAUUCUCCUCAAUAUCCCAUUUUCAAAUACCUUCAGUCUAUGAUCUUUUAUUAAUGGGCCUUGCCAGUACAAAUAUAAAAAGUGUUCAGAACAUGUGGAAAUCUGCAGAUCAUCAUGGAAGCGAACUAUGAAUAAGUAACUGUUCUUUGUUUUGUAAAGACACCACUUUGUUUAUUCAAAUAUAUCUAGACCUGAUAUUAUUUAAAAAUAAAAAAGUACAUCAUGUGA